GUUAAUGUCACACUGACAUUAAAGUAAAAAUCGAGGAUUAAAAUUUUUGACGAAUAUUUGUUGAUUGCAAAAUAAAUAGGUUGAUACUCAAUAUUUAUUAGCGAUAUUUCUCAAAUUAAUUUAUUUAUUAAUUAAAUCCAUGUAAAACAUAUCAAAUAAUUUAGUUUAUGUAAGAUGUCAUCAAAUUCAAGGAAGCAGGAUGUAUAUGACAUUUACGAGGCAUUAGUGAAAGCUUUGAAAAAAAUAAAUAAAAUUAAUAGCUAUUCUAAAGAAUUUAGUGAAAUCAGGGAGAAUUACGAAAAAGUUAAUUCGGUUGAAGAAUUGCUAGUAAAGUACCAGUUCAUAGAAAGAAUUGGGUUAAAGGUAACUUUGAGGUUGGAAAAGAGUAACGAAAAGUCAAUAGCGUUCCGGAAAGAAGGGAAUGAGUACUUUUCAUUAGAAAAACAAAAUUAUUUCAAAGCUCUAGAGCUAUAUAAUAAAAGCAUAUGUUUCGCGCAGCCGAAUUCAGAAAAUAUUAGUAUUGGAUACGCAAAUAGAUCAGCGGUUUUAUUUGAGUGGAAACGCUAUAAAGAAUGCCUCUAUAAUAUUGAACUAGCCCGCAAAUAUAAUUAUCCUGAACGAUUAAUUCACAAAUUAAACAAACGUGAAGCCAAUUGUCGUGCCUUGCUCAAUAAUCAGGUAUCAAACACGAAACCGUAUGAUUUUAAGUUAAGUUUUGAGAAACAUCCACAAGUACCCUUCAUAGCUGAUUGUCUUGAUCUUCAAUACACAAAAGAAGCGGGAAGAUAUAUCAUAUCCAAAAAAGAUUUAUCACCUGGAGAUUUAGUUUCAAUUGAAAAAGCGUUUUGUUCAGUACUGUUGCCGCCAAUGCGUUACAUUAGGUGUGCGAACUGUAAAGAAGAAAAUUAUUUUACAUUAAUUCCUUGUGUAGAAUGCACUUCGGCUAUGUUUUGUAGUGAGAAAUGCCAAAUAGAGGCAAAUAAAGAAUUUCAUCAAUUUGAGUGUCCAAUAAUCGACAUGUUAAAUAAUAUAUUUAAUAAAAUUCAUUGGACUGCACUGAGAGUUACUCUAACAGCUUUAACGUUAUUUGAAAAUAUAGAUGAAUGUAUUAGCUUUUGCAGAAACCCGCAGAAUUUAAGUCAAUGUUCCUUUACACUCGAUUACAGCAACUUCGACAGAAAAGAAUACUAUAAAGCUAUUCAUGGUUUAGUAACAAACCAAUGCAAGCGAACUCUUGAUGAUUUAUUUCAAAGAAGUGUCAUAGCUGCCGUUUUAAAAAAUUUUUUGUUAAAUCAUUCACCUCUUAAAGACUAUUUAGGUGGGAACGAAGGUGAAAAUGUUUUCGUCGAAUUAUUGUUUAGACAUUUACAAACAUCACCUUCCAAUAUGCAUAGCGUUGAUUUGAUAGAACAAAAAAACGAAACAAAUGACGAUCAGUGUUUUGCAUCGGCUGCCUAUGGAUUUGGAAGUCUGUUAAACCAUUCUUGUGCUCCAAAUACCGUACGUAUAUAUAAAGGAACUACGACAUAUUUGUUUAUUUUAAGGCCAAUUAAAGCAAAUGAAACUUUAUACGACAAUUAUGGAUAUCAUUACGCAACAAAAAGAAGGGAAUUACGUCAAAAAAAAUUAGAGACACAGUACAGAUUUAAGUGCAGCUGCGAAGCCUGCAAAUAUGAUUAUCCUCUUUUUGAAAAGUUACCAGUACCAACUGAAGUACCUGACGAAGUUGAAUAUGAUGAUAUAACAUCGCUAAUGUCAUAUGAUUUUCAAUAUGCUUUAUCCAAUUAUAAAAGAUAUUAUGAAUUUUUGAACAGAUUCUCAAAAUAUUACCCUUGUGCACAGAUUAGUGCUGCAGAAGAAAGUUUAAAAAUGGCUUUGAAUAUUUUAGUUGACGCUGUUCCGUUGAAGGCUAAAAGAAAUUGUUAAAUACUUAAUAAGUAAACAUUUUAUGCGGUAAGUUUGAUAAAACUGCCAAUAUAUCAACAAUGUACAUAUUUUGUAAACUUCAACUUUUGAAGAAAUCCCAAAAACAAUAAAUUUACCUAUAGAUUUUUGCAAUAAAAACACAAACUAACUACUUUCA